GAGGAGGGGAUAGAUAUAGAGGAGAAAUAUACGGAAAUGGAGAAAGAGGCGUAACUAAAAGAAAGGUAAAUAGGAAUUCCGUAGGUAGUCAAACCCUCGUAAUUAUCUGUCUCUGAUUUCCUCUUCUUUCUUUUCUCUGUCUCUCUCUUUCUCGCUCCUUCCGCUGCCGGCCAUCCCUCGUUGCCCCGGGAUCGUUCGUUCUAUCGUUCGUUGGUUGCUGCCAGCCGAACCAUUCAACACAGCACAAAUUCAUUCUGGCCUGGGGCGGGCGGCCAUAAAAACACAUCUCGGGAUUCACCACUUGUUGUUAUUGGUUUGGUUUCUCUAUUCUUAAUUAGCCUAGCCAUGGAUAAAGUGUUCAACAGGUUGCGGAAUUUGGAUGCCUAUCCCAAAAUCAACGAGGAUUUCUACAGCCGUACGCUUUCCGGCGGCCUUAUCACGCUCGUCUCCUCCAUCUUCAUUGCCUUGCUCUUCAUCUCCGAGUUCAGGUUGUAUUUACACACUGUUACAGACACCAAGCUUGUCGUAGACACAUCUAGGGGAGGAAAGUUGCGAAUCAAUUUUGAUGUAUCAUUUCCUGAGGUUCCGUGUUCUUUGCUGAGUCUAGAUGCAAUGGAUAUCAGUGGGGAGCGACAUUUGGACAUAAGACACGACAUAUUCAAGAAAAGAAUUGAUUCUCAUGGAAAUGUCAUAGAAGUGAGACAAGAUGGAAUUGGUGCACCUAAGAUUGAGAGGCCUUUGCAAAGACAUGGUGGCAGACUUGAGGAAAAUGAGAAAUACUGUGGCUCAUGUUUCGGUGCUGAAGCGUCUGAUGAUGACUGCUGCAAUUCAUGCGAAGAGGUUCGCGAAGCAUAUCGAAAAAAAGGCUGGGGGCUUACAAAUCCUGAUUUGAUUGAUCAGUGCAAAAGAGAAGGUUUUGUUCAAAAAGUGAAAGAGGAAGAAGGCGAAGGAUGUAAUAUACAUGGCUCGUUGGAGGUCAACAAGGUGGCUGGGAACUUUCAUUUUGCCACUGGUAAAAGCUUUCAUCAACCAUCUCCAUUUCUGCUGCUCGAUUUGCUAUCCUUGCAAACAGAAAGUUAUAAUAUAACCCACAAGAUUAACAAAUUAUCAUUUGGAGACUCUAUUCCCGGGAUUGUAAAUCCAUUGGAUGGGGUAGAAUGGACACAAAAAUCGCCUAACGGCGUGUAUCAAUAUUUUGUCAAGGUGGUUCCAACUGUGUACACGAACAUCAGAGGACACACAAUAGAAUCCAAUCAGUUCUCAGUGACCGAGCAUUACAAGAGUUCUGAAGUUGAUCAUUUCAGAUCCCCACCAGGAGUUUUCUUCUAUUAUGACCUUUCUCCUAUAAAGGUGACUUUCAAGGAAGAACACACCCCAUUUCUACACUUUUUGACGCAUAUCUGCGCCAUUGUUGGAGGUACGUUCACGGUUGCUGGAAUUGUGGAUUCAUUUAUUUAUCACAGCAAGAAGGCAAUUCGGAAGAAAAUGGAGAUCGGAAAGCUCAGAUAGGCCUUUAACAGCAGGCAGUAAAGGAGAAACUCAAACUAUACACCACUUGUAUUUUGCAAUCUUCCAGUCGAGAAGGAACAUAAGACCUUGAAGAAACUCUAAUCGAUACCAAAUUUGCCAACAGGGUUUCACAUAUCAGACUGUGCUCCUCUCUAAGAAUGUCAAAGCUUGUGUCCGGAUUUUUAUUUUUAUUUUUAUUUUUGUUCUUAUUUUCUUUUUUGGCAGGCAGGCAGUUUUUACAUUUUUGUUGCUAGACUGUGUUGGUGGUACUAAUGUAUCAUGGUAAAUGACAUUUAUUCAGAUACAGAAUGACAUUAUUUACCUACCCCCUAA